AUGGCUCCGCAUGUGAUGACGUUAUUUUCCAUUGCUGUCUGGACGCUGGCUGUUCCUCUUUUACUUUUCAUGGCAUCCUUUAUGUCAUGGCCUUCAUUCCUCAUAGUUUAUUACUGGUACUGGAGGCGCACCCGUGACUGUGGGGGGUAUCAUUUCUGUUACUCUUACAGAGGGAGGCCUGGCUUCAGGCCUUCCAAACUCUUGCUGCAUGACUUUGUGCACAAAGAUGCAUGGCUAUCUGUGUUUGAGUACCUUCCAAAACAUCUCCACCUUCCGUGUGUGGACAUGCCAGGACAUGAGGGUACCACACGCACCAAUGUAGAAGACCAUUCUGUCCAAGAUCAGGUUAGGAGAAUAAGACAGUUUGUAGAAACUGUUCAGCUGAACAGGAAACCAUUUCAUAUGGUGGGCACCUCAAUGGGAGGAAAUGUAGCGGGAGUAUAUGUGGCCUGCUACCCCUCUGAUCUCUGUAGUUUGACCUCAUCUGUCCCACUGCUUAUUGCUGCAGGUCUAAAGUGCCCUUGCAAGACGUUUGAUAGCCAGCUGUGAGAGCUGGAGUGUAAUGAGUCCGCUCUGCGUGUCCCACCAGAGGAGAUGCAGCGCACGCUCCAGCUAUGCUCCCAUGUAUGGCUUAGAGUUCCCCAGCAGGUCUUGUCCAAAAAUGUUCAAAUUUUCCAAGGACUGUUGGAUCUACGAAUUGCACACAAUGGCUUUUAUCAUGAAGUUUUCAUGGAGAUUAUUGGACAGAAGUCAAAAUACGCCUUACACAAACACCUGCACCUGAAAACCACUUUUCAAGCCAUCCAAGGUAAGCAGGACCAGGUCGUGGAUGUGUCUGGGGCAUCAAUGCUUGCCGAGGCCGUGCCAGGUUGUUGUGUGGAUCUUUUGGAGAAACACGGCGCACAGCCCAACUCAUCUUAAGAGCUUCUCAUCUCU